UUUCCUGGUAAUUAUUUUCAACAUAUUCAGCGUUUUUUAACACCGCACAGCGCGAAGGAUUCUCGAUAACAGACCGCGCGCGUGAUUUAUCGCAGCAAUGCGUGAAACAAUGAUAGCUACGAUGCGAAAAAAGAGCGUAGCACCGGACAUCUCGUACUCGAGCUCGACUACCAAUAGUUGUGUAACGGUUGCUGUUAGUCGGUGCACAAACACAACACGCCGCGUUGUAGACGCGCGUUUAAAUCCUCGAUAAAUCCACGUAUGUUUUCCGAAACUCGCCGUGGAUUCCCGUUUCACCGUUUUAACGUAACGCAGUGUGGUUUUUAGCGCACAGCGAUGGCGGAAUCCGUCAGGGCUGCUCCUUGUGUGAGCCGCCAGGCACGAGCAGCAGGGGGAGAGGCAGGCACGAGCUCAACAAAGACAGGAAGAUCACAGCUGAUUAGCUCAGACGGACCACGUGGUCAGAGCAAACGAUUUAAAUCAUCUCGUAUUCAGAAGUUAUUCUCAAUAGUUAUUGACUUGUUCAUAUCGUAUACAUUUUGACUUCAUGCAUUAACAUUAUACUGGCGUGUGAAUGGCUAAGUUGGAGACAAAUAAAAAGGAAAAUGUGGACAAUAAUACAACUAAUGUUGCAUUAAUGCGAGGAGCUUGACUAACAAGGUAUUUUUGGUUCAAAUUGAUUUAUUAGGUUGAAACCCCUUGAGAUGUACCAUUUAUUUCCUUCAAUAACUGUUUGAGUAGAGAUAAAAAAACCACUAUAAUUCAGAUACCAAAUGUAUUAUUUACAUUUGAAAUAGCUUUGGCUCAUAAAGAAGAAGAACAGAAUGAUUCAAACUUCCAUUUAGUCGAUGUCCCCACAGUGUUGCAUGUACGGGGACAAUACUGUUUGAACUUGGAUGUUGAAUUUGUUUUCCAGUCCUGAAAAGUGCACGUGACCAUCAGUCAUUAUUGCAGCACAUCGGGGCAACUGGGCUCUUCAUAUUUAGAGUUGGUGCUUAUUUCUCUGGGCCCUCUGCAGUCUACUCAGGGGUUACAUUGAAGAGGGUUAGACUGAGAUCUGUCAGUCCACAGUAUGUUCAGCUGAUAUUCCAACAGUGCUAACUAACACUACACCAACCUUCUAUUUCUAUUGGGAGGUUUGAAGAAGAGCUUUGCUAAAGCAACACGUUGCCUCUUAAUUCCAGCUCGUUAUAAGCUGUUUGUUUUGCACUUGGCAGUGAACAGGACACCUACUUAGAUGCUAGGCUUCUAGUUUCUUUUACCAGUGACUGCUGAUUUCUUCUGUUCUUAUUCAACUGUUGCUCAGAGGGACCUUUGUCUCUUUCAGUCGUCAGGCUGCUUGAACCAUUGUACAGUGUUGUGUUCUCCCUGUACUCAGAUAACUCAAUGCAAUGAUGACUUUCUGCAACCUACAAUCAUGAAACACCUUUCAGAUAUACUGUAUAGAAUGAACACAAUUAAGUUGGACAAAUCCCAACUUUUUAACGGUAAUGUUGUGUAGAUAUUUAAGGGCAUGUGAACACGGGCUUUUGUGAAGAAAUUUAGGUUUUUAAAUCAAAUCUUUCCUCUAAAAAGCAGCUUUAUAGAUGGAACGCUUCACACCAAACAAUAAAACAUUACUCAUCUUUGGGUGUAAUUCCAAAUAAGGUAUUUUUUACUAUACAAUCCACAACCAGCAGUGUAGGGACACGCCUGUGAAAACAAUAUUACUUCUGUUUCUUUGGCAUUUUCAAAUCACAGUAUUUGUGUUGUUUUCUACUCCAGCCAUGGCAUGUUUUUUCCCCAUUGUGGUGAAUUGAGUUUUUUCACAUUGUCGAGGUAAAGACCACCCAAACCGAGACCAGGUUGUGACUGAGACAGAGUCACGACCGAGAGUCCCACACUGCAUGACUCGCCUACGAUAAAAUGUGGAACAUGCACACCAGAGGCACUCCUCAAAUUGAUCUGGUACAGCCACAUUCUCCUAAAAACACCCACAAAAAACACAUGACUAUUCCUCUGAUAGACCAAACAAUUCAUAAACUCUUCUAAAAAAUUCACUAACAACAAGCCUAGUUUUAAAUGAGGUCUUUUUUUUAAACGCACAGCUAAAUCUAGAAAAUAGAACAACUAAUGCCAACAGUCAACAUUUAAAAAGCAGAAAAGCUGCAAAUACCUGAGAUGUAUCGAAGCCCGGGGACUCGUUCAAUUACACGUAUAAAAUAAAGGAAGUCAUUUUGAGGCACAGGAACCAGUUGUGUUCUGGAUCGGCCUUGAAAUGAAACAAAAAGAUCUCUUUGUCUAAACUAGAGUGAAAUAAUGCAUUAGAUGAGGAAGAGACUUUGAAAAAGCGGUCUUGUGAUCUAGACCGAUGUACACGACUCCAACUCUGGUGUUAGGAUUAGAUGUCGGGACUUUGGAGACGUUGGUGCACAGAGUGUGUUGCUGCUUCUAGUGGAGUAUGAGGGCAUAGCUGUGACUCAGCUCAAAAGAUAUCACGCAGUAAAUCCGUGUCUGUAAUCUACAUAUGUAGGGCCCGUUUUCACCUUUAGUCAUCAGUGGCACUCGUGUGAAAAGAGCAUAGGUAUAGUACUGUCUGAAUUCAUUUGUUUUACCGAGUCUGGAGAAAUCCUUUUUGAGCUCAUGACUUUAUGACCCCUUUAAAUUAUCUGAAGGAUGUCACGGUGUGUUUAAACGAGUGCACCCGCUACCGGCUUCCUUUUCCCUACUUUUUGUUAUUUAAAAGUUGUGCAAUCUUGGCUCUGAAACACACUUUUAUUUAUCUUGAUAAAGAAAAAAAAAUGUUGCACUUGAAUACUGUUUUAUACUGCCACCAAGUGUCGGACAACAUGACCCACAGGGCAGAAACCACAUUGUAUUUGUUAUUUAAAUGUCCUGUGUUUAUAGAUGAAAUUGUUCAUUUCACUGGUAAUCGUAAUAAUGAAGAAAAUAAUGGAUUAUUUAUAUAUCUUCAUUUGGCAGAUACUCGUCCAAAGCAACAUUUUUAGAAAAACAACAACAAAAGUUAGUUUGAAAGUACAGGUGCAAACCUGUCAGUUUCAGAGUGUGUCACCAAAAACCAUGUUCAUAGUUUACUAUUUUCUGACCAUUUUUACUCCUAAAGUGCCAAUUUUCUAAGUGGGCUGGCCUUUAGAGUUUUCAGGCUGCAGGCCACUUUCCUUUCAUUGUUGUAGUAAUGUUAGCACGUUGUUGAUCGGUAUCAGCUGCUGAGCGUAUAAGAGCGCGUGUCAAGUUUUACUGUAGGUCACAGUGUAAAGCCUGGUUGGAUGUUACUCAGGGCUAUCUAAAGUGACUGUAGUGACUGCUGUCAGUCAUUGCCCUCAGCCCCUCACAUUUCAAUAUUACACAGCAGUCCUCAGCUAAGAGAAGACAUCUGCAUGUCCUUCUUUUUUUAUAUAAAUAUAUAUAACGCUGUCACUCUGUGCACACAGUUGAUGUCAGUUGUCACUGAUGGAACAUAAUUCUUCUAAUAUUUGAGUUUAAAAAAAAGCUGCGUCUGGUCGAUUUGAAACAGCAUUUCAGUUUCUGAUUCAAUUUUACUACAUUAUUGAAGGAACAGAAAUAAAUCCACUGAAGGCUGUUGAUCCAAGUAGUUGUACAUUAAAUACCCACUGUAUUUUAACCUUUAAAUGCCCAAACACAUUAUUACCAGACCAGGUUGUGAUCUAACAAUGUCUACGUCUUUAAUCUCUAUAUAUAUUUCUCUUCAAAUAUAUUUAAAAUCAUCUUUAGUUGCUGGCCCUGUGUUUUGGCCCCGUCAGAUUAAAGCUGAACACAUCUAUUUAACAUGUAAUGUAGGCUACAGUCAGAUGUCGCCCCUUUGUCAUCUGUGUAGGAAAUGUAAGUCUGGUAAAUGAAUUAAAGAACAACAGGGCCCUGUUCAUUCAGCUGACUCAGGCACAGGGUGCACUGAAGCAGCCAACACUGAGGAGCCUUUCAAUGGAGAGAGAAACUCCCUCCACACCAAAAGAUUACACAGAGGGUCUCUCUUUUAGAGAGAAUAAAAAGCUUUUUCCCUUUAAUGCAACACAGAGCUAUGCAAUUGUCAAGCACAUACAUUGGAUGGAUUUCAGUAACUUGAAUGUAGGCUACUUGAAGUGAGCACUGUGCAGCUGUGUUAUCUUGGAAAAUAGAAGAAUCGGAACCGACUCAGCAGAUAAAUGACUCGGACAGGGCGUAAAAAUGCUUGAUCGGGACAUCCCUACUUAGUAUAAUAUAUUAUUCUCAUAUAUAAUAUGUUAUCAUAUAUUCAUAGUAAAAAGCACUGCAGUAAAGUAAUGAUGGUGCCAAGUUUGGACAAGUGUAUAGUAGAGUGAAACAUUUGGUAUAUUGUGCGCUUGAGAAUCAGAACUCUUACUUCUGUUGACUUAAAGUUACUCAGUCGAUCUUUUAACAUUGUGUUUUCUUCUUCUUGCAUUUCUCUGUUUCUCUUCCCUCAACCUCUCCCUCGCUGUCUCUCAUUCGUUGCAGGCCCCGUGCAGUCAGACAGGUGUCUUCAGUCCAGACUGGCAGGUGGAUCAGAACCAGACACACCUGGCAUUUAGAGUCGGCUACAAACUGAGUUGUAGUAGGCCGUCGAAGGAGGAGGAGGAGAAGGUGGAGCCAUGUCGGCCUCUUGGCGUGAGGACGAUGAAGAGUUGAAGGCGGGAGGAGUGAGAGGAGGGUCGAGACUCAAACCCAGGUUCUCCUUCAAUGAGGUGAAACAGCUGCUGGAGGCGGUGAAGAGGAACAGAUACAUCAUCCUCAGGAAGUUCAACCAAGGAGUGUCGGCUGAAGCCAAGAAACAGACCUGGGCUGAAAUCACCAAUCAGAUAAACAGUCUGGGAGAGAAUCACAGAGAGGUGCGUCAGAUCAUGAAGAAAUGGGCGGACCUCAAAUGUGAUGGAAAGCGACGCGCCUUAGCCCUCCGGGGCCCCAACGGCAGCAACACGCGGAAGAAGAACCUGGGCCCCGUGGAGAGGAUGGUCAACAAGAUACUAAUGAUGAGUCCUCGAGGAGGUGGCGACAGUGAUGUGGAAUUUGGCGAAGACGAAGACUUUUCAAAGCUUUACGGUAAAGGCCCGCCCAUCAACCCUCCCUCCUACUCCUACCUCAGCCUGACGGACAGUUCCCUUUCUGUACCUGGAGGAGCUCCCUACGACAUGUCUCCUCUCUCCUCACCAGAGAAGGAACCUGGUGGCGAUACUUUCCACUCCUCCUCUGAGUUUGACCUGGCUGACGAUGGAGAUGGUACCGCGGACUAUGAAGAAAACGACGACUCCAUGUUCUCCUCCUACCCUUCCUCUCUUCCCCCCCCCUCCUCAACCUCCCUGGACCCCCUGCCUGUCAACGCCCUGCUGAGGAUGAAGCCAGUCCACACCUACUCCCGGAACAACAGCCAGAACCACCCCUCCCCCAGACCCUCCUCCUCUGUGGCCGCCACCACCUCGGUUUUCCCUUCCGCGUCUGAUUCGGACGCUGCCUCGUCCUCUGCUGCCCCUCCCCCAUCACAAUCCCCACCAAGCUCCAACACGACUGCCUCCUCCCUCCCUGCUCCUUCCUCAUCCUCCACAUCUGUCGCAGCCAAUACCUGUACCCCUCACCCUGCGCCCCCCUCUUCCUCCAUCCAACCCGCUCCUGGUGCUCCCACUCUCACCGCUGCUGUAUCUUCCUCCUCUGCUGCUUCUACUGCGACCUCGUCUUCCAACUCUCACGGACCUUCCCCCUCCUUCUCGGCCCUCCCACCCAACCCUCCCUCCACCUCAGGCUCCAACCUGUCCGACCCUCUCCCGGCCGGAGCGUCCUCCCGCAGGGCCCACGACCACGUGGCGCAGAUGGCCUCUCAGGGCCUCCAGCAGCAGCGGGCCAGUAGGAUGCUCCUGACCUCGGUGUCUCAGUCUCUGGAGAUCUUGGCUCAGUCCGUCCAGCUGCUGGUGGAGAGCCAGCAGGAGUUUGUGCAGGAGUCUCUGCUGCUGCAGAGGGAGACGGUGGACAUUCUGAGGGAUUUCUCCAACACGGCGCUGACCAUGCUGAGAGACAAAUCCAACAGCGGACAACUGGCGACACAUCAUCACCAUCCCACUGCACACUUCUGAAAAAUGGAGAUGGACAAAUUCGUAGGUUUUCAAAUCAAUCAACGGCAUGAAACCACAAGCCAAGUGCAGGUGAGUUUUGGCAGUGGGAGCACAUUUCUUGUGAUUUAAACAUCCAUCUUGUUUGUAAGGUCUUGGAGGAGCCAGCUGAUUUGACAUUACUAGCCACUUCGGCUGCCGGACAGAAACACUCUCCUGAAAACGGGGUGAAAUGUUGCCCCACAGCCACGGACACGUGGAGGUGUUCAUGUUUAUUCAUGUGCCUGAAUCUCGUUUGUGUCCUCUACUGAUGGUUUGGCGCAAGCUCGUGUGUUUUCCACACUGUAACUAGCAUUUUAAAGGAGGUGUUUUGAGCUGCUCAACCCCCCCCUCCCCCCUUUACGGAUUUCCACACAAACAGAUCUACUGAGUGUAUUUUGUACUGGUUGAGUGCACUGGGACACUUGGUUUAACCUGCUCACUGACUGAGAGGAAAUGAACAAAGUAACUGUAAUAUUUGACUGUUGGAAUCUCAACUGGAGUGACAGCUGGUUUGGUGUUGUGCUCAAGGGCAGCGCGGCAGGAGCUAUUGAGACAGAGAAGCAAGCUGAUGUUGUCCUUAUCACAGCUGGAUGUGGUCGUGAUAAGGACAACAGGAGCAUGCAACAACUACUUUGACAAAUUUUAUAAUAAAUCAUUUUAACACAAUUGAUGUUUUGGUAAUAUUUACGGCUGUUAACAGCUUUCACAUGUCAUACAUGACAAAACAAGUCUAUCAUGCAGUGGAGGAAGGAAAGCAUGUUUAAAUUGUUUGGUGUUUAAAAUUAUUAUUCAAGGUGGGACUUUACUACCAACCACAUGUUGUAGAAUGUUUUUGCCGUUCAUUGCAGCUGCCGCACAGAGCUCUGACCGGGUAAACCGGUGAACGUUAAGACUAGCCAGCCACCACAAAGCAAGGUUCAUUAAAUAACGUAGAUUUAAUGUAGAAUAAGCUCGAGCUAACCCCUGCAGAAAAUUAUCUGACCCCACAAUCCUUAACCCGACACCCUGGCAAGCACCACAUUUCUGUUUUUUCAUGAGCACAUGGAAGACUUCAAUGUCUGAAUUCUUUACGAAAUAGCAGUUUAUGAAAGACAAUGGUGUUAUUUACACACACCUGUGCUUUUGUGUUUUAGACGGCAAUACACAACCAUAAGAUUCAGUGGGGACUGUCUGAAGAAACAUGUUGGUAUUAUGGAAGUUCUGCUGCCCACAAUAGAGGACGUGUUCUCUGUCCAGCUCAUAGCAUUGUGUUGUGAAUCUGCAGACACACCCUUCACUGAACAUGCAGCUGGCUCUCUGGCUGUCUGCUGUAACACCAGGCUGUGUGAUGUUUCCAACAACCAAACCCUGAGAAUAAAGACAUUAUUAUUAAAAGAAGAAAAACCUGCUUGGAGAGUAUUUCUCUAGAUUUUGGGCCGUUUUGUAGAAAUGCAAGUUAAAGUAUAAGUUUGGUGAUAUUCUCUAUUUGUCGACAAAUCACCGAACAAAAAGACCAAAAGCAACAGUGAACCGAUCUACUAAAGUGAGUCAUAGGCUCCAAAAUAGUUUUAUGGGAUUUGUUGACUGAAUUAAUGGGGUAUGUAAACAUUUGAGUGGCUUCUUAGUAAUGCACCCAGCAGUUGAUUUUGUUUUGUCAAUGUCCUUAUUUUCUCUUCAUGUCAAGAUGCAGCAACAAACACAUGCAAAUGUCACACACCUUCCAUCAAUGCCAGAGCUCAUUGGUGAUAUAUGAAGAUAGUAUAUUACACUAGAGUCCACAUUUUAUUACCGUUUAUUUCAUUCGACAGAUGCCUCAUAAGAUCGACCCAGACAAGGGAUCGAAAGUGGAGAAGAAUGCUUCCAGGAAGCAGCUGGCGGUCAGUCCAAAGGUUCUGUCCCUGAUAACCAAAAUGACGGACUAUGAAUGGAGGCCGUGAAAAGAAGCACUUCAGCAGAGAAAACACUGGAGUCCAAUCUCCCCCCUUUCACAUGCACAGUAACUCAGGUCUCUCUCAGACUUUUCUAAACCCACUGAACCAGAUGCAUACACAAAACCCUAAACAUAUUUUAGGAAUAUGGUGGGUUCUUUACUACUUCCUGGUAGUGUUAUGGAUGUAUCAGUAUGAGGCUACUGAUUCUGUAGACAGAGAUAUCGCAGUGAGCUCGUCAGACAUAAAUGAAAAGCACAGCUGGUCCCUGCUCAGGUCUCAGGAGAAUCAACAUGCUGUCAGGCUGCUAGCUCACUGGGACGUCUGUAUCCACUGCUUUGAAAAAAAGAUUUAUCUGUCCACAAGUACAGGAACCCAAAAGCACAACAGAGACAGAGUACAAGUACAGUUUGGUUUACUAGCGUUGAUGCAGGGUCAAACCGGGAGGUCGGUCAAUAAGGCAAACGAAUCCAAGCAGGCAGGGUCUGAACAGGCCGAGCACGAAUAGUAACGUGGAUAAUGCAGGAAAGCUUGGCAGUAACGCACAAGACAAUCUGGCAGGGAGUGCUAGUGAACAGACCUAAAUAGCGAGGGACUAAUGAGGGAAUGGGCUGCAGGUGAGAUGGGCGUGGAGGACCAGGUGAGGGGAAUAUGAGUGAUGACAGGUUGAGAAUAGCAGGACCUGAAACAACAGCAGAGUUAGAGAAACAGACAGGAUGAAAACAAUCUCAGAUGAAGUGGAAUUUGUGACACUGAUGGUGUUGCUGAACACAUGAAUUCAGAUAAGUAUCACUCUGCACGCCUUCCUGUUAAGUAUUACUAUUAAGUAGAAUAAGUGAGGAAAUAGCCAGGAAGUCUUUCAAAUCAGGGAGUACAAAGUAUAAAAUAAAUACCCACAGUUAUACAUCAUAUUUGUUGUCGUUUUCAUGGUAACGUGAUAUGUUGCAGCAAAGUGCUGUCCCAUUCUUAUUUACACCGUCUCAAGCCCUCAGUCUCUCACACUCCCCCACUUACCAGGUGAUGUCAGUAAGUCCUUGAGGGUUCAGGGUUUGAGGCUUUAGGGGCGACAUUGGGAUUGGGCCAAAGACUCGACCUGCAUGUGCGCAAGACGGAAGAUAUCCAGUGUUAAUCACCACCUCAUUUCAAGUAUUCAGCUAUCACUGAUUGUAUUAUUAUGAUAUAAAUGUGACUGUGGUACUAAGCUGUUGCAAUUAGCAACAGUUGUUAGUGACCUUAUAGUAUUUUCAUAACUCAUAAUAUAACACCACAUCAGUUAAACUGAGAGUUUUGUAAAUACAUUUGGUUCAGGGGGGAGACGCUGUUUCAUAUCAGUGUACAAUUUGCAUGAUAUCUACUGGAUAGAAAUCUCAGUCCAGCUCUCAGUUGGAUUGUUAUGACCACACACAGACAUUUGACAGUAAAGCGAGAGGAAGACUCCCACCCUUCCUGCUCCCAGACUUAUCCCACCGACUGAUAAUGAGCAACAGAUUAAACGUGUAAAAUGAGGUCACGGCUGAGAACAAUACGUCGUACUUUCAACACAGUCUGCAGUCUGAGUUAAUGUUACAGUUUCACCCCGCACAGUGUUGUCUUGCUUAAUUGGGGAGAUGGGAUGAUUGUGUUUGGAAGAAGAAAAGAGGGCGUCUUACUUGUAGUACUGUAAGUGAGACUGUGGUGCCAUCUGUUGGCAAAAAUAUAUCAGUGAAUAAAAAGUGAAUGAAGUUACAAUACUGCCAUUAUGUGGAGGUUGUCCAGAUGACAUACAUGCAUCAUUAGUGUCCCUUGUUUUUAGAAAUAUGUCGCAAAAUGCACCACAAAGUGAUCUUCUCACUAUGUGCAUAUAAAGUUGAAUAUUAAUAACAAUUCAAAAAUAAAACUGAUUUUAUUACUCACAAAGCAAUAAAAUCACAGACCGUGGGCUGCUCGGUAUCAUCCCAGUGACAAAUAAAAAGCCCCACAAGGUACUCAAUUAAAUGCGAUAAAUUUGGGUUUCAUGAAUUGUGCAAUCUUUGCAUGAUGUCGAUGGAAGCAUGCAGUGAUUCAAGUUUAGUUUAGUUCAUGUCUACUCAUGUCUACUGCCUUUCUAUUCAUUAUUUUAUAUCUAAAUCAACAACAACACAAAUGAAACUGCUGACAUGUUUCAUUCUUGGUUGAACCUUGUAUGUAUACUCUGGGUCAAGAUGAUGUGAAGUGUAUCAUCACAGAUCAUCACACACAUCACGGAUUUAUGGAAACGCCUAGAUUGUAAACACACACGCAGUCCAAACUAUUUACAUUUACACAAUUUACUAUAAAAUAAAAUCUCUCUCACACACGCAUGCCUGCGUUAGUGGAGGGGGCGUGGCCGCAUAAUAGUGACGUCAUCGAAAAACGGCCUUUCUGAGUUGCACUUGAACCUAACAAGUUUACCUGCAGCACCUAAAAGAUUGAGCUCUCAGAGAUCUGAUC